AUGGGCUCAGUUGGAAGCCAGCGCCUGCAGGAGCCCGGCCUGGCGGCCACCCCUGACAAAAACAUGGUCAUGAGCUUCAGUUUCGACAGUUACCAGCUGGAGGAGGCGGCGGCCGCAGGGCCAGUUCAGGUCCAGGGUGGGAGAGCCAGAGGGGUCCCACCUUUCACGGACCCAGGGGAGGAAGAGCCAGUGCCGGGUGACCGCUAUCACGCAAUCUACUUUGCGAUGCUGCUGGCUGGUGUGGGUUUCCUGCUGCCGUACAACAGCUUCAUCACCGACGUGGACUACCUGCAUCACAAGUACCCAGGGACCUCCAUUGUGUUUGACAUGAGCCUCACCUACAUCUUGGUGGCCCUGGUGGCUGUGGUCCUGAACAACGUCCUAGUGGAAAGGCUGAGUCUUCACACGAGGAUCACUGCAGGCUACCUCUUAGCCUUGGGGCCCCUCCUGUUUAUCAGCAUCUGUGAUGUGUGGUUGCAGCUCUUCUCCCACGACCAGGCUUAUGCCAUCAACCUGGCCGCUGUGGGCACUGUGGCCUUCGGCUGCACAGUGCAGCAAUCCAGCUUCUACGGGUACACGGGGAUGCUGCCCAAGAGGUACACGCAGGGGGUGAUGACUGGGGAGAGCACAGCGGGCGUGAUGGUCUCCCUGAGCCGCAUCCUCACCAAGCUGCUGCUGCCGGACGAGCGGGCCGGCACGCUCAUCUUCUUCCUGGUCUCCGCGGGCCUCGAGCUGCUGUGCUUCCUGCUGCACCUGCUGGCGCGCCGGAGCCGCUUCGUGCUGCACCACACGGCCCGGCCCCGCGACGGCCGCGCGCACCGCCAGGGCCCCGGCUACCGCGCGCACCACGACAUGGCCGCCGACGACGUCCACUUCGAGCACCAAGCCCCAGGCCUGGCCAGCAGUGGGUCCCCGAAGGACAGCCCAGCCCAUGAGGUGACCAGAGGUCGUGGGGGGGCCUACGUGCGCUUUGACACGCCCCGGCCCAGAGUCAAGCGGAGCUGGCCCACGUUCAGAGCCCUGCUACUGCACCGCUACGUGGUGGCUCGCGUCAUCUGGGCCGACAUGUUCUCCAUCGCCGUCACCUACUUCAUCACACUGUGCCUGUUCCCCGGUCUGGAGUCCGAGAUCCGCCACUGUGUCCUGGGCGAGUGGCUGCCCAUCCUCAUCAUGGCCAUAUUCAACCUCUCGGACUUCGUGGGCAAGAUCCUGGCAGCCCUGCCCAUCGACUGGCGGGGCACCCACCUGCUGGCCUGCUCCUGCCUGCGCGUGGUCUUCAUCCCCCUCUUCAUCCUGUGCGUUUACCCGAGUGGCACGCCCGCCCUGCGCCACCCGGCGUGGCCCUGUGUCUUCUCCCUGCUCAUGGGCAUCAGCAAUGGCUACUUCGGCAGUGUGCCUAUGAUCCUGGCGGCCGGGAAAGUGAGCCCCAAGCAGCGGGAGCUGGCAGGGAACACCAUGACCGUGUCCUACAUGACGGGGCUGACGCUGGGCUCGGCCGUGGCCUACUGCACCUACAGCCUCACGCGGGACGCCCCCAGCAGCUGCUUGCGCACCGACACCACCAAUGGCUCCCUCCCUGCCGGCCUCUGA